AUGGAUAUUCAACGUAUUCGCCGCACCGCCGCCACAGGCACCAACAGCCUCAUUGAACUCCCCGAGUACAUCAUCACCACCUUCUUUCCCAGCGCUCGACCAUUGCUCGACAAACAUCCUGCCCUCUUCCGCUUUGUAGGAAUCUUGCUGGCCUUAUAUUACUUCGGUCCUGUCACACGCCUGCAGACCCUCUGGCAGCGUUUCUCGUCUCUUCUGGUCUCCACCGUCACGGUCUCAUCAGACGAAGACCUUUUCAACUACCUGAGCACGUACAUCGCAGAGACGCGUACUCUGCGCGCCGAUCAAUUGCUCAAUGCCACCCUCAACACCCCUCACGACUUCAUGCCGGGACGCCGCCGCCGUGCACCCCAUGAGAUGGACGUCGAAGAGUCGGCUCGCCGCACCACCGACCCCAAGAUCAAGUACGAGCAGGGCCAGGGCGUGCAACUGUUCAUAUACCAACGCCGCCUGUUCUACGUGUCCCGCAAGUAUGGCGAGGGUCACACCUACGCGGGCAACCGGUACUCCCGCAUUGAAGUGCUCAGUGUGUCGUGCCUGGGACGCUCGACCACCCCAAUCAAGGAAUUCCUCGAGAACAUCUACCGCAUGAACAAGGAGAAAGAGCGGUCUCUCACCAUCAUUCGUCGUCCCUAUGACGGCGGCUAUGGUGGCCGCUCGACUUGGUCACGAUUGACCAGCAAACCCCGUCGUGCGCUGGACACGGUCAUCCUCGACGCAGGUCAAAAGGAACAGGUGCUUGCCGAUGUGGAAGAGUACAUGGACGAAACGACUAUGAACUUUUAUGCGAGCCAUGGUAUCCCCUAUCGCAGAGGCUACCUGUUCCAUGGACCGCCGGGUGUGGGAAAGACGUCCUUCGCUUUGGCCAUGGCGAGCAAGUUCAAUCUCGAUGUGUACAAUCUGACGUUGCUUGAUCACAAUCUCACAGAUUCGGAUCUGGUGUCGUUAUUGAAUCAGUUGCCUGGCCGGUCGUUGUUGCUGCUGGAGGACAUCGACACAGCAGGACUGAGCCGCAAAGGCAAAAAUACGACCUCUCGACGUCGGCGAGGCGCAAGGGCAAAGUUGCCAGAGGGUGCAGUGGCAAAAAAGAAGGAAAAUAGUAAUGACCUCGACCUUGACAGUGACGACGACGACGCAUCGGCCACCACGAGUCGUGUCACCUUGAGUGGGCUCUUGAAUGCGAUUGACGGAGUUGCUGCUCCAGAGGGACACAUACUCAUCAUGACGACCAAUAAACCUCAUGACUUGGACGAUGCUCUCGUUCGUGCAGGGAGAAUCAGCGUACGAGUGGGCUUCAAGAAUGCCUCGAAGAAGCAGGCCGAGGAGAUCUUCCUGCGGAUGUACGUCGACAUGCCGAGCGCGGGUCACAUUCAGACCCAGGAAGAAGGUGGUGAGAAGAAGGUGCAGCCGGGCGGCACACCCGCGGCGGCCGACACUGCACGCCUCUACGAGUUGGCGAGAAGGUUUGCGGACCUGAUCCCCGACCACGACUUCUCGCCGGCAGAUUUGCAGGAUUACCUGCUGGUCCACAAGAAGGACGCCGAGAAAGCCGUGGUGGAAUUGCCGGCGUGGAUGGAGGAGGUGUACGAGGAGAGGCGACGCAAGGAAGAGGAGAAGGAAGUCGACCGUGAAUUGAGAAAGGAGGCCAAACUCGAGGAGAGACGGAAGUUUAGGGAAGAGGUCAAGGCGGCGGUGAAAGAGACAAAGGAUGGCGUCGAGGGCGACGAUGAAGACACCAAGGUCGAGCAGCAUGCGAAGGAAAAGGAGUCUGUGGAUGCCAAACCCACCGAGAAAGGAGAAGGCUCGGUUGACGAGACACCAUCAUAGAGACAUUUUUGACCCUCACCAAGUAGGCGAACAUAAAGGACAAGUAGCUGCUGGGAAAAGGACGAUGGCUUUUGUUGGUUCUGGAAUAGAAAUAAUGAGAAUGUGUGGUUGAAUAGACACG